AUGACCCGGUUUCGGCCCUGCAUCGACCUCCACGCGGGGCAGGUCAAGCAGAUCGUGGGCGGCACUCUCGACAGCGACUCCGCGGCCCUCAAGACCAACUUCGUCUCCCACCUGCCCCCGGCGCACUUUGCGAAGCUAUACAGAGACAACGCCCUCGCUGGCGCUCACGUCAUCAUGUUGGGACCGGGCAAUACGGAAGCCGCGAAGGAAGCUCUCGCUGCGUGGCCUGGUGGCCUUCAGGUCGGAGGGGCAUUACGGACGCGAACGCCCAGGAGUGGAUCGACGCGGGGCGGAAAAGGUGCGCUUUUCUUCUUCUUCUUUAGUACCAUCCCCUUCUCCACCUCCUCCGAAAACAACGUCAUCAUCACAUCGUACCUGUUCCCCGACGGAAAGUUCAGCCAGGAGCGGCUAGAUGCUGUGUUACGGAAUUUGGACAAUGAUAAGAGCAAGCUCGUCAUCGACCUCAGCUGCCGGAAGACGGGGAGCAGAGCUGGCAUGUGGCUAUGA